ACGCCGAGUCGUCGUUCCAUUCGAGGCCGGAAGACUCCAUCAGACUCGCGUUGGGUGAGGGCAGCGUCGAGUCUAUGGAUCCCGUAUGCCGCCGCCGCCCUCUUCCGCUCGUGUGCCACCGAGCAGUCUUCUCCCCCGCGCACUUCCCUCCUACGCGUGUGUCUUCUCCGGCGCUCAUCAAUCUCCUGCGUGCGCUGGGGAGGUGAAGCCGCCGUUGUCGCCAAAAUUUCCAGGAAACACGCCUCUUUCAGGCUCCGUCCCCUCCAACCCUCCCGUUAAUCUCCCACAAUCUGCUGUCCAUCUCCCAUCGAGGUUCAUAUUCAGGUGCGUCCAUACCUCCCUUCGAUUCCAUCUCCUCCCCAUCAACUGUGACCGCAGAGAUCUCCUAAUCUUCUCACUAAUAAAUCGAUUAAAAAAGACUUAAUGGACGGCGAGGCAAAAGCACCCCUAGAACCCGUCCUCCAUCCGUCCAUGCUGCUGGGACCUGUGGUCCGGUCACCCGACCUGCUGACCCACGCUCAAGCUGGAGGCAUCGGUGUUCCUCAAGUUGCUGGUGUUCUUCGAACUAGUGCUUCUCCCGUUGGUGGAUGGUGGUCAACGUCAUCUCCUCUACUGGAUAAGUUAGAUAAGUGGAUCUGUUGAUUAUAGAUGUUUUUUUUUUUGCUCAGUCUAUUGAGAUCUGCAAGGAAUUUGAUAUUCUUCCUUUUUUUCUAUUUGACAUAUGAAUCUUAAUGUAUUGAAAUUAGAAUAUAUACCUUGGUGUUAAUUUGACAGAGAAGCUACUGCAACUACUUUUGUGACCAACGUUAUUUCCUUUCUCUAUGAAUGCUUUUUAGUUCUUUUCUGGUAGUUCACAUAGUUGGCUGUUUUUUUGCAUCUUAAUUGUUUUAUAUAUUGUAAUGGAUGAUUAAGGCUAUUAUCUAAACUUUCAUCAAUGUUCUGUGGAGUAUGUUUGUCGGUUCAAUGAUAUACUAUAUGCGAAUGUGAUUCGAUAUAUAUCCAGUAUAUACUAGAAGUGAAUGUUUACAGUGCCAGUUUACUUGCUGGAAUGUGUUCCUCGUAUGAAAUUGUUGGUCGCCUGUGAGAGGUGUAAGUGUAUGGUGGAUCACACGUGAUAUGCCAUAGUAGAUCAAUUUGUUUUGUGCUGCAUAAUAAAUGUUUUUAUCUGUAGAAACUACUAUUACAAACUUUGCAUUGGAAGUAUGGUUUCUUAAGAUGGAGUCUAUGAGGUAUGGACUCUAUGAUAGAGUCAUGCAUUGUGAGUGCUCUCAUGAAACUUUGGGAAUAAACUGGACAAAUCAUUUAGCCUUUUAGCUGGUUCCCAAGGUGGUUUUAAUUUGUUGCUAUACGUAUUUUCUGAAGUAAUAAAUCUAACUUAAUACUAUCUGAAAAUUCAUAGAAGAUUAGUCCUCGGUACAUGGAAGGAACGAACAGGAUUAGACCUCGGUGUAAUGUAAAAACAAAAUCUUGUUUGCGGUCCCCUGGUCUGUCUAAAAUGAGACAACAACAUCAUGUGUAGUGUACAACUGGAGCAUAUUCCUUCCUGCCAUGAUCGGAGACCUUGAUGACACGAAAAAGAUUUGUUGCAAAAGCUGAAGACACACCUGUGGUGCUUUUCUUCUUUGGUACGUUAUGCGUGCAUACGUGCCCCAUAAAACGUAUCCAAAAAUUUAGUUAGGCGCCUAGCUAGCUAGCAGCUUUUGAAGAACAUCUCGUCGUCGUCACGUAGCUAUCAUCCAUGGCUCCAAAUCAGAUGACGCCGGAGACGGGAGGACACGCUUCAGCGGAGGAGGAGCCACCGCCGCGGCCCAAGGGCAUCCUGGAACGGAUGCACAAGUACCUCCUCCUGCUUGCCAUCCUCGCCGCCACGGUCACCUACAACGCCGGCCUCAGCCCCCCCGGCGGAGUCUGGGCUGACGACGCCGAUGGCCACCUCGCCGGCGACCCCGUCCUGCAGGCACACUACGCGGCGCGGUACAACGUGUUCUUCUACUGCAACGCGACGGCGUUCGUGGCGUCGCUGGUGAUCAUCAUGCUGCUGCUGAGCAGCACCUUCAGCUUCCACGGGUACCGCGUCCGCGCGCUGCAGGCGGCCAUGGUGCUGGACCUGCUGGGGCUCAUGGGCGCCUUCACGGCGGGGAGCUGCCGGAAGGUCAGGACGUCGGCGUACAUCGUGGCGCUCGCCUGCGCCUGCGUCGCCUACCUCGUCGCGCACCUGCUGCUGCACUUCUGGGUCCGGAGCAGCCGCUGCCCGUCCACCCGCCGGGAGGUCACCGAGCUGCUCAACCUGCAUCGCCUCUGCCCCUGUUGCUGCUGCUGCUGUGGCCGGAGUGACGACGGCGGCGCUGCCGCGCAAGAUGCUCCCAGAGGGACGACACGCGCACGCGUGUGAUUGUCAGGUUAUUGUGCGAGUGAAAUAUGCCUCAUGACAAGACAUUUGGUCCAUGCUUUGACUGUUAAGGGUCAAAUAUACUCCGGCUGGAGUUUUAUAACUCCGACACAUAGUGCUAUGUAUGAGAGUACACAUACAUUUAUUUAUUACAAUAGAUAAAUGAGAAUAAAAAAAAAGAGGUGACAAAGGAAUCA